UUGAUCAUAGCAAGUUUGAAAUCGAAAGCGUCAAAUUUCCUGGAGAGUUCGCUGAAUGCUUCGAAUUGCUUGGCUUUAGAAUCCUUCGCUUCUCGGUAUAACUGCGAAUCACUAAAGCAUGCUGCAGUCGCCUUUAAAUUUGAAAAUUUUGUAGCUGUCGCGAAAUCCGAGGACUUCAAAACGCUUGAUAUAGAGAACAUCAAAGAACUGAUUUGCAAGGACGAGAUAAACGUGUCAGAUGAAGAGGAAGUAUACCAGGCAGUGAUUGCUUGGGUGAGACAUCAACUGCCAGCGAGGGAAUGUUUACUUCCCGAGCUAUUGAACUGUGUGAGGCUGUUUUCAAUGUCGAAGUACAGUCUACGAAAUAUUCUCGAUGAAGAGCUGGUCAAUAAGAACAACGCCUGCACAAGGAUUGUCGUCAAUGCACUGGAUUUCUUUCUGUUCCCAGACCGUUUUCAAAACAUGUCACUUAAACCUCGUUUGUCUUUGGACAAAUGCGAACAUGUGGUGAUACUCACUGGUGGGGCAUGUAAAUCUGGUAACAAGAGGGACACCCAGUGUUUUGUUCCCUCCACCUUAUCAUGGGUAUCCCUACCCAUGAUGCCAUAUCCUCACAGUCACCAUGGUGUUGCAGUGUGUGGUGGACUGCUGUAUACAUUGGGAGGGAACAACUCAGGGCGAAUGUGUUGUUUUAACCCAAAACGAAACAAAUGGAGCUCGCUGGGUAGAACAUUAAUAGCUAUAGACUGUUCAGUCACGUGUUUUCAUGAAGAGCUGUAUGUAAUUGGUGGAGAGGGUUCUUGGCAAGAUGUUCAGAUAUACAAUCCAGUUCUUGAUACAUGGAGACAAGGGGCAUCGAUGGAAGCCUGCCGUGCUGCCCAUUGUUCAGUUUUGCUGCAAGAACUUAUUUAUGUAUUUGCUGGUCACAAUGGCAACAUCUGUCUAAACAGUGCAGAGUGCUACAAUCCAUUAACUGAUCAAUGGACGAAGAUUUCAAGUAUGUCUAAAGUCCGAAGGUUUGCUGCUGCUGCAACAGUUUUUGAGAAAAUUGUUAUUGUUGGUGGAUUUGGUGACAUGACAGUUACAACCAUAGAACCUUCCUGUGAAAUGUUUGAACCUAGUACAAAACAAUGGAGCCUGGUGUCUAGUCCACUUAACCCUCGUGCUGCGCAUGGUGUUGUAAGUAUAGAUGGCAUUGUGUACUUGUUUGGAGGAGAAGAUGAGAAUACGCGCAAAGGUGCUGUGGAAUGUUUUGAUUUGAAAAAUAAUGAAUGGAAGACAGUUGGCUUCAUGCCAAAAACUGUGCAGGCCUCAUUCUUUGGAACAUCAUUGCUAAAAUUGCAAAAAGAGUUUAUUCACUAAUGACCAAAAAGCACACCCACCCACCCCAGGGAAUGGUUGGUGACUUCAAAUGUGACUACAAAAUCCUUCGUUACAUGGUCAUAUUUUGUAGGAAGAUACCACCUCAUUUAAUGUAAUUUGAUUAAUGGCAGCUGUACUAAUAUGCUAAUAAAUGCAGAAAGAGGACUGAAAAUUUAUCCAGCUAAAUGAUAAUCAUUAUUCAGGUGGAUCAGUUUAUUAUUAUAAAAAGAAAUAUGCCCUUCCAUAAUAACUUAGCAUUUAAAAAGAGAUUAAAAAUUACACCUCUUCAGUUUGUAUUGUACAGUUCAGAAAAUAUCCAUACCCGCCCCAUGGAAGGUCAAUGGAAAUUCAGAGGGAGUGGGGGAUCUCAAAAGCCCAAAAAUGUCAAGGAAAGUAUGGGGCUUAACUGGAAUAAUUUCCAUAAGGGUAUGGAGGGUGGUUAAUCCAGAGAGCCUUCCAUGUGGAAGGUACAAAUAUGUUCUGGAAAAACACAUUGAUUAGUUCUAAGCAGAAAAUAAAUGAUGCUAAAUGUGUGGACUUUUUAAUAAAACAUAUAUUUUCUAGCUAGAAAGUACAUUGUACAAAUUAAGCUAAUUUAUUUUUUAUCUCCCAAAAGAGUUAGAUUUGUCAACCUAGUUGAAACAGUAAUAUAUAGAUUUAGCCAGGCCUAAAAGUGGAGCUCCUGGGCCAGGUUGUUCAAAGCCCAAUUAAGCUAA